GCGUUUUUGUGGUUCUCUCAGUGCUACAAUUUUUAACCAAAUGGUACUAUUUUUUGUGUGUACGUUCUCAUAAAAGCCCGUUUACACUAGAGGUUUUUCGGCUAGCCGAAAGACGAAAGACGAAAAAACGAGCCGAAAAGCGAGCCGAAACGAAAAAAAAAAUCCUCUUUCCAAAGUUGAAACUUUCUAAAGUUUUCGGCACCGAAAAUCGACGGAAAGACGAAAGAUGAAAGCUGAAAACUGAACAGCCAAUCACAGCUUUCCAUUUUUUAUGCGCAAAUAAUUUUUUAUAUUGGGCAACAUCAGCAAUGCCAAAUCUGUCUGCUGUCAUUCUGUCAACAAGCGGGUGUCGUGUGUUCCUCGUGAUUUCUGGCUAUUUUUAAUUUUUGUUGGAUUAUUUUCUGGAUAAAAAUGCCCAAAAGGAGGUCACCGAUGAAAUCUCCCAAUCUCGGAGUGAGCGCUGCGAGCAAACAAAUUACCAAUGCGUAUGUGUUAAAUUUAUAAUUUCAGAACUGUGUGUUGCAAUGUGAUCGUCAUCGCUCGCAAAAACGAGUUAAAAUGUGGUAAAAGGCAACGACUGAGAGAUUCAUCCAGUCUAUUGAAAAGCAGUCAGUUUUGUAUGACGUGACGAUGUCUGAUUAUUAAAACAAUGUGAAAACAUGGGUAAAAACGAUGGGAAUUUUCCAUCAGUAUGCUGUUUACAUUUUCUAUAAAUUAUUGCAAAUAUAUUCUGUUAUAUAUGUUAAGUAACUGUUUUUCAACAGGUCCUGACGACGUCAAAAAGAAAUGGAAGUAAUUGAAGGACACCUACAGGAAGGAAAAGAAAAGGCUGAGUGAAGAGGAUCCAAGUGGCAGUGGUUUGGAGGGUUCCAAACGUGCGAAGAAGCGUUGGAUAUAUUUCGACCAAAUGGGAUUCCUGUCCACAGUGCAUGAUGAUGCCGAUAGGGUCACAAAUGUGGACGAUGAGGAUGAAGAAGGAAAACGAAACGAAUAUUUGGAGGAAGAAGGAAAACGACGCUACCAUAGCUGCAACUGACCAAUACGAAAAAGUAAGACCACGUUCAAGUGAACGCUACUCAAGAUCACGUGAUUCGCGAGUGCGAUUUGCUGACAAUCAUAACAUCCGAGAAUCAAGCCGAGAAAAAAGUCUCAGUCGAAACAGAGACAACAGCCCGUAUCGCAGAGACUACAAUUCGUCAGCACGAAGAAAUUAUAAUCCUUCAGGACAUAGGCAAUCCAUAUCCAGAUUUCCAUCUGACCAACGUCCCAAUAUAGGAACAAAUACCCCAACCGGCAAGGAAACUACAACGGACCAAACUUUAACAACUACAGACAUAAAGCGCGUUAAAACAGCAACCAACAGCUACAGCAACAACAUAACCCUGGAAACAAUCCUCGAACCACUGAAAAUCGAGAAAUAGCCUGCUGCAAGUGUAACCGAAGAGGACAUAUUGCAAAAGAAUGUUGGACAGAUAUGGCACGUACCAACAACCCAGGUCCCCGAUAAACACC